UUGCUGUAAACAACCAUGGGCAGACCAGGUUUCUCACCACGUGGAGGAGGAUUUCGAGGUCGGGGAGGAGAUAGGGGGGGUCGGGGAGGAGAUAGAGGGGGGAGAGGUGGUUACAACAGCAGUCCUGGUGGUUUCCGCGGUGGAGGUCGUGGGGGAGUUGGCGACAGGGGAGGUCGAGGGGGUGGGUUCCGUGGCCGUGGCGGGGGAGACAGAGGGCGAGGUGGAGGAAGGGGUGGGCGUGGUGGUAUGCGUGGAGGCAGGAAGGUUGUAGUUGAACCACACAGACACGAAGGAGUGUUCAUAGCUCGAGGGAAGGAGGAUGCACUGGUCACUCUUAAUAUGGUUCCUGGGGACUCCGUCUAUGGAGAGAAGAGAAUCAGUGUGGAGGAAGGAGACAAAAAGAUAGAGUAUAGAGCGUGGAAUCCUUUCCGAUCAAAACUGGCGGCGGCCAUCCUGGGUGGCGUAGAACACAUUCACAUAAAACCCGGCUCCAAGGUUUUAUAUUUAGGUGCUGCGUCAGGAACCACGGUUAGCCAUGUGUCAGACAUGGUCGGGCCGGAAGGUUUGGUGUACGCUGUGGAAUUUUCUCACCGCAGUGGCCGAGAUUUGAUUAAUGUUGCCAAGAAACGACCAAACAUCAUUCCCAUUAUCGAAGACGCAAGACAUCCGCACAAAUACAGAAUGUUAGUUGCUAUGGUAGAUACAAUAUUCGCCGAUGUGGCUCAGCCUGACCAGGCGAGAAUUGUUGCAAUUAACGCUCACAACUUCCUGAAAAACUCGGGACAUGUUGUCAUAUCCAUCAAGGCCAACUGCAUUGACUCGACCGCUGAACCCGAGGCGGUGUUUGCGGCAGAAGUUAACAAACUGAAGAGUGAGAAAAUCAAGCCACAGGAACAGCUGACGUUAGAACCGUACGAACGAGAUCAUGCGGUCGUCGUGGGUUGUUACAGGCCACCCCCAAAGAAGUAGAUCUGUUGAAGAUUUAACACGAGAGAAAAUAUAGUUGACAAUUUUGUAAAGAUGGUUAUGGCGAUGCGACUGCAGAAGAAUGUACUGUGGACUUUGUCCCAGCAGUGAUGUGGUUCCAGUUUUGUGACAUACCAGAAGAAAUUGUGACAGGUCUUGUCACAAGGAGCGAGUUUUGUACAGUGAUUCAGACAGAACAUUGUACACUGUACAGAGAUAUGGACUGUACAGAGAUAUGGACAUUAUACCGAUUUAGUUAAAGGUGCAUAGUCCUCUGACAAAAUUGUAUCAUGCAUCUGUUUAAAAGAAUAUGAAAGAUCCCUGGCUGCUUUUUGAUAGGAGUGACUUAUUAGGAAAAUGUAUACAUAGGCCACGGAACAAGGGAAGGGCAAUGGACCAGCACUUUUGUCUGGUAACAGUAGUGCUUAGAAGGCUGAAAAUUCAAUAUUUAACAUCUGAAAUUAGAUCUAAAGUAACUUAGGAGGGAGUUCGUCUAUGAAACUCCCUAACAAGUCAGGCACUCGCAUUUCCAUUGCCCAGGUCACUGCACUGAACCCCCUGCAAUUUCAAAUACACCCCAAGGGCCCUAAAUCUAGCAGUUCAGAGGCACACCAAAUGGUCACAUGAAAAUACGUUUUGGAACAUCUGUGGAUCUACAUAUUAUUAGAAUAAUAAAGAACACACUGAAUGUACAGAAAUUAUAGUUGGGAACUGCAAUUUUUAACCAGAGAUACUGUACUUAGUUUUAUAGGAUUACAUACCUUUUACUCCAUACACUGUAAAGUUGUGUGUAGUACAGUACGACUUUGUGUACUGCAACUAAAAUUAUACAUUGUACAAUGAACUACACCACUGGUUUAGGAAUUGGGGGGUCGCGGCAUCUGUUUUUUUUCUUUUUCUGUUGACCUAUAAUGAGACUAAACAAUGAGUCAACCCCCCAAAAAAAAUAUCCUGGCUACAGUAAACAUUAUUUUAGUUGCAUCUAUUAAUGUAUUUUCAUUUCAAGUCGAGUUUUUAUCAUGCCUAUAAAUAUCAUAGGUGAACCGAAAAACUCAUUAUUACAUCAAACAAAAUGGACUGCACAGAACAUUAGCAUCUGUUUGUUAAUGUGAAGGUUGCUUGUAAAUAAAAUCAAUAUAAACUUUG